UCACUCGCCGCACCGUUCAGUCGAACAUAUCCGUUUAGCGCGAACGCUCGGGAGUAUACCGUGUGCGCCAAAAAAGCACACCUCCCACCAGUAGUGGUUAGUCGUAGUUUGCAGGAACAAAAUAUAUAUAUAUAUAUAUUAUAUUUUAUACGUGUAUAUAUAUACAUAUAUAUUAUUAUUAUUAUAAUAUAUAUAUAUUAUAUACAGCAACAACAACAACAACAACAACAACCACCCAAAAUCACGUAAUAAUAUAUAUAUAUAUAUAUAUAUAUAUAUGUAUAUAUAUAUUUUUAUACACCACCUUUAAUAAUCGCCGUGUCAUCAAUAGAGAAUUGACUUUUGUUGUAAAAAAUCGAGUGUACAUCAUCGUUACGACGCCGGUCGUGUCAAUCGCCGACGACACCACCGCUGCCGCUACCGUCGCCGUCAUCGCUGCCGGGUUAACCACCACCGCAACGGACACCACGUGAACAACAAAUUCGUAUUCAAUUUCGUGUUACAUAUUAUUAUAAUAUAUAAUAUAAUUGUGUGUGCGCGUGUUUAUAUUAUCUGUCUGUCUCUCCGUUUCCGUCUCUCGGCGCCUGUGUGUGUAUCUCUCUCUAUAUUUUAAUAUUUAUCGUACACGGGUGUUACUCUCCGCAGAGGUGUCUCUCUCGCGCCGGUCGAGUCGUUCAAAUUUACAACGAAAAUAAAUUAUUUGUAUUUUAGUUUUUUUUCGAAAUCAAUCCGUUCGCUCUGUCCGCCGGUCGUAUUCGCGCCAUUCGCUUUCGCCGCCGCCGUCCGAUCGAAUAAAAAUCGAAACGCACGUGAACUGUGCAGCAGCAGUGUGCGUAUACCUACUGCAAAUAUAAAGUAAUAUCAACCGGCUAGUUCGCGUAUAUAUAUAUAUAUUACACACGUCGGACACGACACACACUCGCCCACGACACACUUAUCGCGCUUCAUCCCUUCGUUCGGUCGUCGCCAAAAGUUAACACACGAACACACACACACACACGAGCGCGCACGCGUGAGUUAUUAUCGUUAUCGCAUUAUAUCGUCUGAACGAUGGAAUCGCAGAGCACACAGGACGCAGUUACCGUGGCCGCGGAGGUGCCCAACGACCCUGGGAAAAUGUUCAUUGGCGGUCUAAGUUGGCAGACUAGUCCAGAAUCAUUGAGAGAGUACUUCAGUAAGUUUGGAGAGAUAACUGAAGUGAUGGUUAUGAAAGAUCCAACGACUCGCCGAUCAAGCCGUGUUGCUGUAGCUGAUCAGACCGCUGGAAACGAAAACGAGCUGAAAUAUGUGUCAAGGGGAUUUGGAUUCGUCACUUUCGCAGAUCCGUCCAGCGUGGACAAAGUUCUGGCACAAGGAUCACACGAGUUGGACGGCAAAAAAAUCGAUCCGAAAGUGGCAUUUCCGCGACGAGCACAUCCGAAGAUGGUGACUCGAACGAAAAAAAUCUUUGUCGGUGGAUUGUCGGCGCCAACAACGUUAGAAGAUGUCAAAAACUACUUUGAGCAAUUUGGACCGAUUGAAGACGCUAUGUUAAUGUUCGACAAACAAACAAAUCGACACAGAGGUUUCGGUUUCGUGACUUUCCAUUCGGAAGACGUAGUAGAUAAAGUCUGCGAAAUACAUUUCCACGAAAUCAACAGUAAAAUGGUGGAGUGUAAAAAGGCGCAACCGAAGGAAGUGAUGCUGCCGGCCAACCUGGCGAAAACGCGAGCAGCUGGCCGCGGAACUUACGAUUUUAUGUGGCCAUUGGGGACCUUGCCUGACGGUUUUCCGGCGGCUGCGUACGCGGCUUACGCCUCUAGCCGAGGUUUUUCGGGUUACCCUAGUUUCGGACUCUCGUAUCCAGCAGGGGUCGCCAUUAUCGGGACCAGACCUCGGUGCGGUAUUACUCCAGCCCAAUGCCAUAACGUGAUGAGCAAUUACCACCAUCAGGCAGCCGCGGUCGCCGCACAAGGUUUCGGGCCACCAGCGUCGCCGCACACCGGCGGCCCCGGCAACCCGCGGGCCGCCGCGUUCCCGCCGGCCACGUCGCCCGGCCCCGGCGCCCCGUCCACCAUGGACAUGUACAGCUCGAACCCGGCCGAUUACGUGCAAGCAGCGUCACCGCAACCGUCCGCGUUCCCCGCGAUCGCCGUCUCACGUGCGCCCAUUAAUUACAAUCCUGUAGGGGCCUUUGAUUCCGGCCGCUUUUACCAAUGGGUACCACUGAACAACGCAAGAGUCAAUAAAUUUCUUCCAUCGUAAGGUUGACCGAUAUUAGUCGCCCCUAUGCGUGUGAUUGACUCAAUAACUCACAACUAUCACCAGAGAUAUAUAUAUAAACGUCUCACCCACUCUCACUUACACCAAAGGUUUUCUUUCUCAAUAAUGCUAUUAAUAAUAAUCGUUUCUAUAUUAUAUAAUAAUUAUAAUGAUUUAAAAUAAAAAAAAAAAACAUGUUUUAUUAUAUUAAUAAUGUUUAUAUUAUGAUAACAAAUAAAAAAAAAUUAAUAUAUAAGAUAAUUACAUUAAAGAAAAAAAAUUAUUAUUAUUAUAUUCGUUUUUUUUUAGGGUUUUUAUUAUUAUAUAAAUGAAAUUACCCAAAAUAUGUAAAUUUAAUAAUAUUAACUUAAUACUUAUAUUAUAUAAUAAUAAUAACUAUACCUAAACUAAUUAUAAUCUCUGAACGAUAAAUCAAACCAGAAAAUCGGAAAAAAAAUUGUCGCGUGUUGCUCAUUAUAAUAAUAAGGGCGCAGCCGUAUAAUAAUUGUAGAAUAGAAAAAAAAAACAAAUCAAGACCAUCUAAUUAAGAUCUCAUAAUGAAUCACACACACAAUAUCUAGGCAGUAGUAA